AUGAUGUUAUUUAAUGAACCAUGGUAUUUAUCUAUUUCACUUUUUGAACGUACAUUAGCUUGUAUUAAUUUGGCAGCAUUUCUUUCAUCACUCUCACAAUGGCGUGGUCAAAUAGGUAGUACUGGUAUUUUACCAGCUAAUGGUUUUGUUCGUCAUUGGAAAGAACGGAAACUAACAUUCUUUCAACGUCCAACACUUUGUUUAGUUAUUUCUGAUUCUGACAAUUUUCUUUUAUUACUUCAUUGGAUAGGAAUAAUAUGUUCCGUAAUGGCUUUUUUUGCAAUUAUUCCACCAGGUAUAUGUCUAAUUGGUUGUUGGCUUUGUUAUUCAUCAUUAGUAACAGUAUCAACAACAUUUAUGGGCUUACAAAUGCAUUCGAAUUUAUUAGAAACAGAUAUGUUGUAUAUUUUAUGUUCACCAUUUCUUGCUGCUCAACCUGAAGUAUUUGUUUUUAUUCAAUGGUCACUUCUAUUUCGUAUUAUGCUCGGUGGAGCUGUUGGAAAAUAUACAGGUGGUGAUCCAAGUUGGAAAGACGGUACAGCAAUGUCAUGGCAUUAUUGGACUCAACCUUUACCAAAUCCAUUAUCACCAAUAUUCUAUCGUAUGCCAGCUUCAAUUCAUACAAUCGAAACAUAUUUUACAUAUGUUAGUGAAGGUAUUGGAGCAAUACUUUGUUAUACACCACAAAUUAUUCGAUGGAUUUCAUUUAUUUUCUUUCUACUUAUAUUAUUGGGUAUUAAUUCUACUGGUAAUUAUGCACAUCUUGCACCAUUAACUUUAACAGAAAUGAUUUUACUUUUAAAUGAUAAUGUAUGGCGUACAUUAAUUCCAUUUCAAUGGAUUAUUUCAUUUCUGGAAUAUACUUCUGUUGCACCAUAUGCAAUAGCAUGGCCAUUUAAAUUAUUACCAUGGAUAUUUAUUGCUUUACCAUAUUUUUUUAUAUCUCUUGUACCAUUAUUAGGUACAUUUCGUGAUGAAAAUCCAUUUUCAUGGCCAAUAUUCAUUCGAUAUUCAUCUCGACCAUUGAAUUUAACACAGUUUAUAUAUCAACAUAAACAUUUUCAACGUUUCUUUUUGAUUCCAUGGAAUUAUAUAAUGAAUUGGUCUGAAAAUGGACAUGAUUUAAUAUCACCAAUAAGACUUUGUGGUCGUUAUGUUAAAUUUGCACAUAUGACUAAACGUCGUUGGGAAAUAAUUAUUGAAGGAAGUGAAGAUGGAACACAUUGGUAUGAAUAUGAUUUUAAAUAUAAACCAUCAAAUAUUAAUAAAAGUUUACCAAUUGUACCAUUUUGUCAUAUGCCAAAUCUUGAUUGGAGACUUUGGUUUUUACCAAAUGAAGCAGCUCGUGGUGCUCCACCACCACAAUGGUUUAAUAUAUUUUUACAACGUAUUCUUGAACAUAAUCAAUCAGUUCUAUCAUUACUUGGUCCAUUACCAGAACAAUUUCGUGCUAAACCACCGAAUUUCAUACGUGCAUGGCUUUAUGAUUAUCGUUUUACAUAUAAACGUGAACAAGAUUCUAAACAAUUAGUUGAAAAAACACCAGCAGAUCAAAUUGGUAAAACUUGGUAUCGUAAUCGUGUUGAAAUAUACGCAAAAGCCAAUAGCAAAAAUGAGUGA